GGUGGAUAUGCGGAGCGCAACGGUGGUUGUCGAGCUCGCGGUCCUUUGGACCAUCGCGGCUGGCGCGACGCCUGUUGCCAGCAUCAUGCGAAACGGAUGGUACAACUGCUCGAUCAAUACGUUUGCGCUACCGCCGCGAGCGGAAGCGUGGUCUGCGUCGUUGUCCAUUCGACGCCACGCGCUCGGGGCGUUCGUGCCUUCAGCGUUUGGGCCGUACGAAAACCUCAAAGCCCGCAUCGCCAACAUGUUUACUCAGUGCGCCGAGUUCACGAUGCCGUUCUGCCACAAUGGCACGGCAUGCGCGGCCAGUCCCCUCCCGACCAAGUCGAUGCCGCUCUUCGUAAAGAAGCUCUCGGCAUCGGUAUCGGGUAGCAAAAAGGUGUUGUUUAUGCUGCAGGGUGGCCCCGGCGCGUCGUCUGUCGCGAUGGAGUCGCUCAUGUCGAACGUGCACGACCUCCUGUUUGGCGAGUUUCACAUUUUCACAUUGGACCAUCGUGGAACGGGGCGAAGUGGGUUUUUGGACUGCCCGGCAGCCCAAGCGCAGUGCUCGGGGGGACUUGGGGGGACGGCCAUUACGCUGGACGAACUUCCAGGCUGCUUGAACGACCUGAGGCUGCAAUUUGGCGGCAAUGCCGCCGCUGCAUUCUCGGUCACAAACGCCGCCAAGGAUGUGACCACGUUGAUUCAAACCGAACUCGCCGACUACGACGUGUACCUGUAUGGCGUGAGCUACGGGACGUUGCUCGUGGAGCGCGUGAUGCACUUUUCACCGCCGCAAGUCAAGGGGUAUAUCCUCGACAGCAUCGUCGCGGACCAUCACCACGGCAGCAACAGUCAAGUCUUUACCAACUCGAACGACGAUCUCAACGCCGUGAGUCGGCAAUUUCUCGACCUGUGCUCCAAAGACACGGCCGGGUGCGGCGAGCUCCUCGGGCCGAACGCGACGGCCGCGCUCUUCAACCUGUACGAAACAUUGGACUCGAACGCGUCGGCAUGCUCGUCGCUGUUUUAUCGCACGCUCAACGAGACGCCGUCGGUCGUGCUGCGGCAGUUUUUCGCGGCGUUGCUGGGCGACUUGGACCGCCGGGUGUUCAUCCCGACGUUCGCCGCCCGCGUUCGUCGUUGCAACGACCAAGACAAGACCUUGCUGACGGCGCUGUUGAUGGAAUCGCCCGAUCAUUCGGACACGAUGUCGUCUGGCAUCCUCCACGACACGAUUGGGUUCGCCGAGCUCUGGCACGUCCUGACCCCAUCGAUGGCCGACCUCGCACAAAAGUUUAUGGCGUCGCCGAUGGCCCAGAUCAACUCGGACGAAGUUGGCCGGUAUUGCCUGUACACGCGCUCGAAUGCGACCAACUGCGCGCCGUGGGCCAACGCGACGGCUCCCGUGUGGACUUACCAGGUCGACAAGUACUUCAACAAGACCGCGGGGGUUCCGAAUGGGACGUCCGUGCUCGGCCUCGCGGGCAAGCUGGACCCGGUCACACCCGCCACACACGCCCGGCGCCACUUUGAGAACAUGGAAGGAUCGAACAAGCGCCUGCUCGAGUUCCCCGUCGCGGUCCACGGCGUUAUCACGUCCACUCCCGUGGCGAGCAUUCGUCCAGGCCCUCCGUGUGCAAUGGUCAUUCUCGCCGCGUACCUCCGAGAGAACGGUGCGCUGGCCUCGAUGGACACAUCCUGCAUAGCCAACGUGUAUCCUCUCCGCUUCGACAUCUCGGACGCGAUGGCGCAGCGACUCUUUGGCCUGGACGGUGGCGCCAUGGAUGGCCACGUGGCGAACCCAGUCAAGGACGCCAACAAGUACAAGACCAAGUUCACUCGAAUGAUGGUCGGCGCCAUCUUCCUCGCGGUCGUUGUGCUCGCGAUUGCAUUCUACGCGUUUGUCAAACACCGCGAAGCAAAAGCGAUCCGUGAUAAGUAUGCUGUCUACGAGGACGCGUCCUCGGGCGACUAGCCCGUGACGACAUGAGUCGCCACGUCCUCGUUACUCCGCCCCACGGGCUAUAGCGCUUGUACAUGAUGGACCACGCAAUAUGAAUAUUUAGAGUUAGGCAGUACGA